AUGCUUUUAUUUCAGACAUGGGCUGUGAUGGGCGUUCUCCUCAACAUGUUGGGGCAGGGCAUGGUGCUCAGUUUCCCCACCGUCCUGCUUCCUGCUUUAUCCUUGCCAGAUUCAGAGAUAAAGGCUGAUAUAUACGUUGCAUCUUGGUUGGCAUCUGUCAUUGGAAUCGCUGGAAUUCCCGGUUUUCUUAUGUCAUCAUUCUUAAUGGACAUAUAUGGAAGAAAAUUGGCACACGGAGUGGUUCUUAUUCCAGGAAUACUGGGCUGGCUGUUAAUAUACUUCGCUAAGAAUAUUACUGUUCUUAUCAUCGGAAGAUCGCUAUGUGGCUUUGCAGCAUCCGCCACGGUCUGUCUAGGUGCGGUUGUGAUUGGUGAAUACACGAGCCCGGGCAACCGUGGCAUGUUCCUGAACCUUAAAACUACGGCUGUUUGUGUAGGAAACAUGGUUGUUCACAUUUUUGGGCAUUUUUAUUCCUAUAAAAUUGUGGCACUAAUAGCCUUGAUUCCCCUUUUCCUUUCAUUAAUUAUAAUAUUGACAUGGCCAGAAAGUCCAGCUUGGUUGGCUUCGAGGAAGAGAUUCGACGAAAGUGAAAAGGCAUUUUACUGGCUUAGGGGUAAAUCAGUUAAAUCUACAAGAGAAUUGGAAGAAAUGAUUCGAGCGCAAAAAGAGAGAAAUGAAUAUCCGUCAGCGAAAUCAAUGCCAGCGAAAUUUUUGGAUUUUUUCCGAAAGUUUACCAAGCGAGACUUUAUAAAGCCUGUAAUGAUUAUAUUCUUCAGCGCUGUCCUCUUGGAAUCUUGCGGAAGACACAUUUUCCCAGCUUAUGCUUUACAAAUCAUCGGGGAAGUUACUGAGAGCAAAUCUCAGUCAUUUUACUUCACCUUAGGAAUAGAUUCAAUCAUAUCUAUAAGCGCGAUGUUUUCAUCAGCUCUAGUCAAAAUCAUGAAACGUCGUCGACUUCUUUUUGGCAGUGGUUUUGCUGCAGUAAUUGUUCUUUUCUCCGUUUGUCUUUACUUGUACUUAUCAGCAAAUGGGUACAUUGCGAAGGAUAAGUCGUGGAUAGCCAUUGCGUUAUUUUCUUUGUAUUUCAUUUUAUCAAACUUGGGAUGUACUCCAAUUCCACUCGCGUUAUUAGGUGAAAUUUUCCCAUUAGCUCACAGAGGUGCUGGUUCAGCUGUAGCUGGGGUUUUUCUGUCGUUAGCUGUAAUGGCUGGAAUGCAAGUGACACCAUUUUUGUUGGUGAGCCUUAAAGUAUAUGGCACUUUUGCUGUUUUCGGAUUAGUUAUGGGUGUCGCAUUAAUUGCAUUGUAUUUCAUCCUGCCUGAAACUAAAGACAGAACUUUGCAAGAGAUUGAAGAUUACUUCAACUUUGGCAGGUACAGAGAUGAUGUUAUUGAAAACGAUGAUGAGGUCAAAAUGAAGAUGAUACCUCAAUGAGUCUCCAGUGAUAAGUGAGGUGUGUUUUAGGGUUGAGUGACUUUGUACUGAUAGCUUUAAAAUAUUAAGUUUAUAGAAUAAAAUUUAAGGUAAAGUGUAUAAAAAUUCUGAUAGAUGAGAAGAUUAUGUACUUGAUCACAUAAAAUUUAUAUAAAAUAUGUCUCAUGGACAAUUAGUAGAUAACGUAGCUAGUGAACUAUCUUUAGUUUUACUAAGGAGUUGCAUUAGUCUUUUUUUACAAAUAAUUAAGAUGUAGAAGUCUUUUAAUGGGUUGUCUG